UUUAACUGACAGUCACGGCGGACCAUCCGAAGUGUUCGCUGUAGUCGACUUGUAGACAAGUUUUAGUAUUUUUUGUUUAGUGGUUUAGUCAACGUGGUGUUUUUCAACUCACGUAUGUAUUUAUUUAAUUAAAAUAUAAUAUUUUUAUGAAAAAAAAGAAAUCAUUAUUGAUGCUCACCGUGAAUUACGCAUGAUACUGGUACACAUAUUGGUGCAUGGUACAUAGGUAUAUUAUAUAGGUACAUCAUUUAAAACAUACGCAAUUUUCACAAAUGUUAUUUCCAAAAUAGGAAUAUACAUAAAUUAAAAAAAUCAAAAUAUAAAGUAUCCUAGUUAGAACCGUAGUAGUUUAUUUAGGUACCUACUAAAUAGAGGGUAAUAUUUCCGCCUAUAAGACGGUAUUCACAAAUGCCAUACUGGUCGUGGUAGGCAUGCUGCCUCUAAAAUUACAGGUGUCAGAAAGAAGCGCAAUACACGUGGCAAAGCAGACGAAUUCUGCUCUUCCUCUAAAGAACGAGCUUAGGGAAGAUUCAAUAAGCAAGUGGCAGAGUGACUGGCAAAAUUCAGCUACGGGAAGAUGGACUAAGAGAUUAAUUCCUGAUCUCCGGCCUUGGAUCCUAAGAAAGUCGGGUACAGUGAAUUAUCAUAUCACCCAACUCCUCACGGGCCAUGGUUGUUAUGAGCACGCGUUUUUCCUGUGCGACCGCUGGUGGAGACUACGCAGAGAACUGGAGGUGAAAACUGAAGUGAAAUUCUUUUCUGAAACGGCGGUGUAUACAAUGCUGGAAAGCGAAGAAAAAUGGGAUGCAGUGUGCUGAUUUAUUGUUCAUGUCUUGAGAAACAGAGAGGAGGAAGAGCGACAACGGCAACGUCAACCGCAGCAACCUUAAGUAGUUAAGUUUUUAUAUUGUGGCCCAAAAGACAAAUGGAGGGCAUAGAGCCCCUUAUUAUUUGUAAAACUGUUAUUGCGAGGACUAGUGAGUGGGAGACUGGGCCAUCACUGUCCAUUUGUUUUCUUUUGUAGUUUGUUUUUGAAUAAACGGCUUUUCGGUCAUUCGGGGGUAGGAUUACCGAGAGGCAAAUUUGCCCCCCUAGUGGCUACGAAUUACGAUGGGCGGGACUAUUUUCGCUCAAAAAUAACCUUUCGCUUUUUGCUUAAAUAUUUUAAAACUACCUACUUUCCCUUUUCGCCCAAGAAUAUUAUAGUACUUUUUGAUCACAUUUUUAAAAUACACAAUUUUGGAAACACUUACUUGAAGCCAUUUAGCAUUACUACACGGUGAGUCCCACGAGGAGGCAGCUUUUAUUACUCUCUAAAAAUGUAUUGUGUAUCUUUUGCAUUUAAUGAAUUUAAAUGUACAUUCAAAUAAUUCUUAUAACA